UGGAUCCUGUGCGACUUUUGCUUUCAUUUGUAAAAUGGCGACAGUGCAUUUACGGAUCGGAGAUCUUGUGUGGGGUAAGCUUGGUCGCUACCCACCCUGGCCAGGAAAGAUUGUAAGCCCGCCCAAGGAUUUGAAAAAACCAAGUGGAAAAAAAUGUUUCUUUGUGAAGUUCUUUGGAACCGAAGAUCAUGCUUGGAUAAAGGUGGAGCAGCUCAAGCCAUACCAUCCCCACAAGGAAGACAUGAUCAAGAUCAAUAAAGGCAAGCGCUUCCAGCAGGCGGUGGAUGCAGUGGAAGAGUUCCUCAAGAAAUCCAGGGGAAGGGAGCAGGCAUCACACAACUCCGCAGAAGAGAACAGUAAAAGCGGUUCCGAUGAUAAAACCAAGUCCAGCUCUACGCAGGCAAGAGGCAGAAAAAAUUCCACAAGCACUCUUAAAUCACCCCAGGCAGGAGAGAGCGACGAUCUCAGCCCAAGGAAACGGGGCCGCCCUCCCAAGGACGAGAAGGAAUUGUCAGACCCAGAGCCUUCCACAGUACAAAGAAUGAUGUCAGGAACAGUAUCAAGUUUCAAGUGGCAGAGUAAUCAAGUAAAGGAGGACCCUCACUUCCAUCAUUUUCUGCUCAGCCAGUCUGAGAAGCCAGGUUCUUCAUUGGAGCCUAUCAGCAAACGAUUGAAAAUUUUCGAAGAGGACACGGGCUCAACAUCAAUUCAAGCUGCAGACAGUACAGCUGUGAAUGGCAGCAUCACCCCCACAGACAAAAGAAUAGGAUUUCUUGGACUAGGACUGAUGGGCAGUGGCAUUGUUGCAAACCUUUUAAAGAUGGGACACAUUGUGAUGGUUUGGAAUCGCACCGCAGAGAAGCUUGGUUCCUUGCAGUGUGACUCGUUUAUACAAGAAGGUGCAAGGUUAGGACGCACUCCAGCCGAGGUGGUUUCUAUGUGUGAUGUCACUUUUUCCUGUGUUUCCGACCCAGAGGCUGCCAAGGAUCUAGUGCUUGGUCCCAGUGGUGUCCUGCAGGGAAUAAGACCAGGGAAGUGUUAUGUAGAAAUGUCCACUGUAGAUCCCGACACUGUUACAGAAUUAUCCCAGGUGAUCACGUCCAGAGGGGGGCGCUUUCUAGAGGCUCCAGUCUCUGGGAGCCAGCAGCUCUCCAAUGACGGGAUGCUGGUCAUUCUAGCUGCUGGAGACCGGUCGCUGUAUGAAGACUGCAGCAGCUGUUUCCAAGCUAUGGGAAAGACCUCGUUCUUUUUGGGUGAAGUGGGGAAUGCAGCGAAGAUGAUGCUGAUCCUCAACAUGGUUCAUGGAAGUUUUAUGGCAACGAUUGCAGAAGGGCUGACACUGGCACAAGUAACUGGCCAAUCACAGAUGACCUUUCUGGACAUUCUCAGCCAGGGGCAAAUGGCAAGCACUUUCUUGGACCAGAAAUGCCAAAAUGUUUUGCAGGGCAACUUCAAGCCUGAUUACUAUUUGAAACACAUUCAGAAAGAUCUCAGGUUAGCGAUCGCAAUGGGCGACUCUGUCAAUCAUCCCACUCCAAUGGCAGCUGCAGCUAAUGAGGUUUAUAAAAGAGCAAAGGCGUUGGACCAGUCUGAUAAUGAUAUGUCUGCAGUUUACAGAGCCUACAUUCACUAAACUGCAGUUGUCAUUUUUAAGCGUGGACCACAUUCUUGUUGUUUUGUUCACUUCCUUUUCUAAAUGAAUCUGAUAUUUCCCCUGAGUCUGAGGGGAGAAGCGGUGGUGACGUGGCCAAGCCUCCUGAGCGUUGCCCUGCCUUCCUGUAAAGGGACAAGUGAACUGGCCCGCUGUGUGUGGCUCCUUUUUGAUUUGACCUUGUUAAAGCUUGAUGGAAGUAAUGCAGUGUGUCUGGCAAAUUGAAAUCCUACCCAUUGCAAUGGUUUGCUUGUGUUUUUAAACCAAUUCAAACUCUUCUGGUUUAGGAUCCUUUUCCAAUCACACAUUGUUAUGUGCAAAUGCUUUAUUUCCUUGUUGCUGUGUUAAAGAUAUAUUUUAGUGUUGCAGUUGUGUUUCAUUGCCAGUGGAACACUUUCCUGUGAAUGGGUCCAGAGUUUAUUUUGUCCUAUUUGAGUAUUGUUCUGUUAUGAAAUACGAGACUGGAGAAGCAUCAAGGAAAUACCACUGCAAUGCCUUAAUAAAGUCUAACCCUGA